AUUGGAUCUCAACUCUCUUGGUCUUUCUGCCUGAAGACUCGUGUAGAGUUGGGAACAUAAAAAGUGAAAUGCGUCUUUAGAAUCAAAAUAUCAAAAACUUGAAAACUCAAAAAUAGAAAAGUAUGUCUGAGAACAAGAAAGCAGUGGUUAACAACAGAAAAGACCGUCGUAAAUCCUGGUGGAGUGAGCAGAGGAAGAAGGAGAAAAAAAGGGAUGGCCUGAGAAAGAGCACCCUCACUGUGAGGCCCGCUAUGUACACAGAAACCAAAAUCAUCACACAGGACGAGGUCACUAAGCCAAGUGCAUUGAACCACACGAAGACCAAAAAGAAACCCAAAGCAUCACCAGGGGACGCUAAACAGGUCACCAAAACCAACAAAAUCAGGCCGGCGAAAACCGAGCCCCAGUCUGAGGAAAGUCCGACAACCCCCAGUCCGUCCAAACUCCUACCCCAGAAGUAUGUUCUCUUUGUGGGUAAUCUCCCGUACUCCGUCACAAAGGAACAGCUGGAGGAACACUUCAGGAAGACAGGUGGAGUCAAAGCAGUCAGAAUUCCAAAGGAAAAAGGAACUGGGAAGAGUAAAGGGUUUGCUUAUGUUGAGUUUAAAAACAGGAUAAGCCACGGUAUUGCCUUAAGAUUACAUCACACAACUUUGGGUGGCCGAAAAAUCAAUGUGGAAUUCACAUCUCACGGCAGUGGAAAGAAUGACCAGCGGAAAGAGAAACUGAAACUAAAAAACUUAAAGCUGGCGAAAAUGAAAGUGCCUUUGAAAGAUUCUUGAUCCUGUGUGGUAAAUUUGUCUAGCUGUGUGUGAAUGAGUUCUUGAGUCAUGUGCCAUUAUCAAUUGGUGCAAAUGUAACCAAUAGUGAAGUAGGGAACCCUAGGUUUGAAGUUUGAAAAGUAAGAAGAAAUUAGUGCAAGAGUGAUAUUUGAGAGUUGGAUGGAAUCCUGAUACAGGGUUCUUAAUAGUAAUGAAUGUAGCACAAUAAUUGUGAUGUCAUUUUGAUCCAUGACUAUGUACAGCAUUGUGAUGUUUUUCUACUGACAACCAAAUCAGUUCAGUGAUCAGUGUAUUGUAUUUAUUUGUAUAAUAUAAUUCUAAAUUAUUAAGAGUAUUGUAUGUACUGUGCUAUAUUUGUUUGCACCUGUUGAAUGUACAUGCAUGUACAACCUUAUACCUACAUGUCAGUUAGCAUUAUGACACUGUACUGUUUAAAUGAAACCUUGUAAAGAUGGAAAACAGGUGAAUUGUUGUUAAAGGUCUUUUUUAUAUGUGCUUUAAAUAUAGGGCAAUUCAUUUAAAGUUUGUUUUGUUUUUAUAGCUUAAUGCCAAAAUCAUUCAAUGCAUUUCUUUUAUAAACUUGCAAUUAUGCUGGAUCAUAUUUUGUCUCUGUGAAACUCAUAUCUUCAUUUCUUAAAAAAAUAUGUGCAAAAAAUAUUUGGUUACUAAUAUUUAUUUUUUACAUUAUAUAUUUAACACAGUUGCAUAUUUCACAAAAAAACCCCAUUAAGACUCGAAUUGAAUGUUGGCAUGAUUGUCUGAGAACAGUAAAUUUCGGAUUUGGCUGUUUGUGAUGAACACUUGCCAUGUGGGUUAUCAUUUUGAUUUAAGUCUUCUUCUUCUUCAUGUGUUCCAAUAUGGACAUUUUCAGUUGAUCUCUACAUGUAGAUGAAACUUCAAGUGACAAUAACAAAAAGUUAUCAAAUUUUCACCUGUAACCCAAGCAAUGUAUUGUUGAGUACAAAUAAAAUACUGUAUAAAAAUUAAUGUGUGGCUGAAAAACAUCUAUACUUAUGAUAUCAUACACAUGCAGCAAUAUUUGGAACUGUAAGUCUAUCCACCUGUCCUGUUUGUGUCAGCACAUUCCAUCAAACCACUCAACAGAUUCAGAAUUUUAUGAAACUUUUUAGAUGACUGUUAAUUAUGUAAUGCUUUUGGUAGCUAGGUGUGAAGUGCUUAAUUUUGAAUUGUUAUGGUAAUUUGUUUAGACGUUAUGCCCCUUUUAAACUUAGAUAGUUUGACUAAGUUUGAUAUUGGCAAUAUCUUUUAAUCUACUGGACAGACUUCCAUGAACAUUUUUAGUAAGUAAUGACAUGUUAUGUAGAAUUGUGGAGUCAAGUCCCUUUGUAACUUAGAAAAUUUUAUGCCCUGUUCUUCUUUGAGCAACUUUUCUAAAACCCUUUUUUCUGAUCUUUAUAAAACUUUGUUGUUAACAAGAACAUUCUCUGUAGAUGUUACUAAUUGCAGGAAAGUUUUAUUCCAAUUCUUUUCCUGAGAUUUAUGUCCCAUUUUAUCUAAUUAAUUGUAGUAUCAUUGCCACUCAUUUUGUGUAGCUUUGUCAAGAAAGUUGAAAAAAAGGCAUGUUGGCUUGCUCACUUUUUCUUUUAACUGCUGUCAAUUUAAAGAGAUGGUAAGAAUCAACAUCUGACAAGUUUGAUAGCAUUGUGAAAAUAGACUUCAGUAACAAAAUACUUGAAGCGUGUUUGAAUGUAAAAACCAUAAUAAGGUCGACCAUCCUCGCUUCUUCAUGGAGCGAAUGGUUGAACUUUCUUCUCUUUUUAAUUGUUUAUCUGGAGCUACAUGAAAAAAAUUCCAUUUAUAGCCUUUGCCAAAAUUCUACCCCAAUCGUAUGCCAUUUGAAUGUGCAGGGUAUUCUGUGAAGCAACAUAUGAAUGUAUGUGAUUGUAUGCCUAAUUCUUUUUUAUUGAAAAACAAUCUUGAUCACUGGACAUUUUUGCAUGUACCGUAUCAUUUGAUUUGAGUAAACUUUUCUACUGUUUAAGGCAAGUUUUAAUACAUUUUGUACUGAACGUUUGUUUUUCUUCAAACCAUAUCUUACAAAUAAGCUUGGCAUUUUCAAAGAGAGAAAUGUCCUGGUUGUGUUGAAUAUUGAAGAAAUGAAAGUUGUUGGGUUAUUGCAUGAAUUUAUUGUUGGAUCUCUUAAACUUUGAAUGAAAGAAAAACAUGUGUUUAUAUAAUGCAUGUAUUUAUUAGAAUAUGAAUAAAAGAGGCAAACACCA